UCCUCCGCAUUCCUCGCAACAAAAUGACAAGAAAAUCUUUGACCCUCUCUCCCUCUCUCUCCUCUCUCCUUUUUAAGCCCGCCUGCUCUCUGAACUACUAUAGGGGUGAUCGGUUAUCCCGCCCCUCCGGUAUUCGACCCAUUUCCCCAUCUGGGUCGGGUCAGCUCUCGCCGCAUCGCUUCGCAUUUUUCCGCCGUCGUUUCGUGGGGCGAUGGGGUGCGUCAGCUCCAAGAAGAUCAGGUGCGAUUCGCCGCCGUAUGACGAUGUCUGCUCCACCUCCUGCAUCGGCGGCAGCCGCCGUCAACGGUCGCGUCGCCGCUCCUCCCAGCAGCCGCCCCUCCACAACGUAAAGGAGGAGCCGGAGGCCGUGGUGGUGGUGGUGGCGGAGGAGGAGGGCGCCAGGGAUUCGGAGAGGAAGAAACGCGAUCGCGAUCAUCAUCGCGAGGAUACCUCGGAGUUGAAGAGAGGGGCGUCUCAGACGAAGCCUGUUCUCCAAUACGGCAGGCUCUCGGAAAGCGAGCUCGUCGCCGCCGGCUGGCCCUCGUGGCUCACCGCCGUCGCCGCCGACGCCAUCGACGGAUGGGUCCCUCUCAAGGCGGAUGCGUACGAGAGAUUGGAUAAGAUUGGGCAAGGCACGUACAGCAACGUGUACCGCGCGCGUGAUCUGAAAACGAACAAGAUCGUGGCGGUGAAGAAGGUCCGCUUCGACAACUUUCAAGCCGAGAGCGUGAGGUUCAUGGCGCGCGAAAUCAUGAUCCUGCGAAUGCUGGAUCAUCCAAACGUGAUGAAAUUGGAGGGGAUUAUUACCUCGAGAUUGUCGUGCACAAUUUACCUCGUAUUCGAGUACAUGGAGCACGAUCUCGCUGGGCUGCUGUCGUGCCCCGACGUCUCAUUCACAGAGUCGCAGAUAAAAUGCUACAUGCGGCAGCUGUUGAGCGGGCUGGAUCACUGCCACUCGCGCGGAGUCAUGCAUCGAGACAUCAAGUCCUCCAACAUCUUGGUGAACAACCAAGGCGUGUUGAAGAUCGCCGACUUCGGCCUCGCUUACUUCACCCGCCCCAAGAGCCGCGAGCCGCUCACCAGCCGCGUCGUGACUCUCUGGUACCGCCCGCCGGAGCUCCUCCUCGGCUCCACCAACUACGGGGGCGAGGUGGACCUGUGGAGCGUGGGCUGCGUCUUUGCCGAGCUUUUUAUGGGGAGGCCCAUUCUCAAGGGCAGGACUGAGGUGGAGCAACUGCACAAGAUCUUCAGGCUUUGCGGGACGCCGCCGGAUGAGUACUGGAGGACGUCGCGGCUGCCUCUCGCGACCAUGUUCAAGCCCCAGCAGCCCUACGACAGCACGCUUUGGGAGAGGUGCAGCGAGCUGCCCAAGUCCGCUGUCGACCUCAUCGAGUCCCUGCUCGCCAUACAGCCUGCCAAGCGCGGGACUGCUGCUUCUGCUCUCGACUCUGAGUAUUUCAGCACGAGGCCGUACGCGUGCGAUCCGUCGAGCAUGCCGAAAUACCCUCCCAACAAGGAGAUGGAUGCCAAGGCCAGAGAAGACGAGAGAAGGAUGAAGGGAUACUCAGCAAAGCCAGAAGCAGCUUCAAGAAACUCAAGGAGAGUGCGCAAGUCUCUGCAGGAAUCAAGUGAAUUCUGCAAAGUGGUUCCAGCUGACGAGGAGAUGGAGGAGGAGGAGGUGAGGCCGCAAGUAAGCCGCAGGAACAACAACAACAUCAACAUCAACAACAACAGCAACGGGAGGAAGACGAGAAGCGGGAUGAUGGCGCCGCGCGCCUCGUCGAAGCAGUCGUUCGACACGAGGUCGGACGUGUCGGCAGCCUCCAACACGACGCAGGACUCGCUGACGAGCACGAAGUCGGUGCCCGUGCAGAUGCCGGCGUCGGCCGGGUUCGUGUGGGCCAAGAGGCAGAAGCAGCUCGACGUCUUCACUAGGCUUCACAACGGCAACGCGUCGAGGUCGCAGAAAUCGCUCGACCCGUCGCCCAUCCUGCACGCGGAGUACGCGAUCGACGAGCCCGACGCCCAACCCGCCGCCGAUAAGGCCGCGCGCAGAGACAGAUCGCAUCUCAACCGCCCCGGCUCCUUCGACUCCGCUGAAAUGUAUGACAUGCCGGAAUUCUCCGAGAAUGAUCAACCUCGACUUGCUCUUCGUAGAUCACGUUUCCACAAAGAUUGAAAUUUCACACUACGGGAUUUUCUCUCCUCUCCGAGUAGUUUCCAAGAUGGGGAAAACAAGAAAAGGAAGAGAGAUAUAUUUUUUUGGCUGACGGCAUGAACUAUUGAGAGUGUCGUCGGAGGAAUGCAGCAGAGAUCUUCUAAGAUCGGGCAUUGUUUGUGAAGAAGGAUGGAUUGAUUACUCGGACACAAGAAACAACUGACUGUAUUUUUUUCUUUUUUGGUUUCCCUCUUCUUCUUCUUCUCCUUCUUUUCAAUCCCUAAAUUUCCAACUGUAUAUUGAGGAAACAGCACAGAUGAUUUGUUUAUCUCGUUGUAAUCACAUAACACAAAUUGUAGUUUAGCUAAGUGAUUCAAUUUUUUUUUUACUGAAUAACGUAAAUAAUGGUUAGUGUCGUCUGAGAGAAAUUUUUGGAUACAAUAUAUGUUUGUGAAUU